AAUUACUGUACGAGUCUGAAGUUCUGCUCCUCUGCAAUGGCCCGCAGGAAGUCGAAAAGGAAGCCACCACCGAAAAAGAAGAUGACCGGCAAUCUGGACACCCAGUUUACCUGUCCCUUCUGUAACCACGAGAAGUCCUGCGACGUCAAAAUGGAACGCUCAAGAAACACGGGGGUUAUCUCCUGUAGCGUGUGCUUAGAAGAAUUCCAGACACCCAUAACUUAUCUCUCGGAGCCGGUGGAUGUGUACAGUGAUUGGAUAGACGCCUGCGAGGCCGCCAACCAGUAGCCCGCUCCGUGUUCGGUGGGUGGGGUGCUCUUUAUAUGGACGGAGAACUCGCGUCCGAGGAUGGGGGGGUCCCACUGCCCCCUCGAACUAUUCCUUAUUGUUGAAAUGUGAAUUUUUGUGUUUUCAGCUUUGUAUUUGUUUGAUUAUAGUUAUAAUAAAGGGUUAUGAUUGACAAUUGAAUUUA